UUCUGACGUGACCUUACUGAUCGUAGUUUCCUUCUCGUUUCCAUACUAUCCAGUCGCCAAUUGAAAAUUUUAAAUGCAUACCAUGUCUAAUGUUUGAUACAGCGAGACCAAUCACCGUUUCUCGGAGAUUGGCGAAAACCACUAAGAAUCUCCCAAAGGCUAUACUCACACAUGACUCAGUAUGCGAGAACCCUCUCUCCGCUUUCUUAUAAAAGCUGCCGAAUUUUAAGACCCCCAUGUUAACCUCCAACCUAAUCAUGGAAUCCAAGUACGACGAAAAGCAUACUGUCGAUCAGUAUGAGUCUCAAGACAUCAAGAGUGAUACCGAAUCUGGUAUUGCUCACGUCGAAGAAUAUCAGCAGGCCGCCGCACGACACGGUUCUGGAUCAAGCUUCUUAGCUUAUUUCAACGUUGUCUGCGUCAUUGCUGGUACUGGCACUCUUGGAUUACCAGCUGCUCUUAAACUUGGUGGCUGGAUCGGUCUACUUAUUCUUUUUCUGUCUUGGACCAUGUCAAUUUACACUGGAUGUAUUUUGAUCAAGUGUCUGUAUGCUUUCCAAGGCCGUCGCCUGGAAAGUUACAAAGAAAUCGCGACAUCAGCAUUUGGAAAAAUUGGUGGAUGGAUUAUCUUUUUCUUCAACGCUUGGAUUCUUCUUGGAGCACCUAUUCUCUAUGUCCUUUUGGCUGGCCAAAACCUUCACUCACUGCUCAUCAAUACCUCAGCGGCUUUGACGGAUGUACAAUGGAAAAUCAUUGUUGCUUGCAUAAUUCUCAUUCCCUUUGUUGUCGUCAAGAACAUGAAGGAAGUGGCCUUCAUGUCAGCUGUCGGAGCCUUGGCUACCGUUAUCUGUGUCUUCAUUGUGUUGAUCGUCUCCCUCGAAGACAAGCCUAAUUACCCCAAUGUUGAGCACGAUAUCGUCAUCUGGAAUCAAUUCCCCAUUGCCCUCAGCACCAUCUCCUUCUCUUUCGGUGGUAACGUUGUCUAUCCUCACGUUGAAGCAAGUAUGUCCAAGCCAAGACAAUGGAAAUGGGUCGUCACAGCUGGUUUGUCAACUUGUGCUGCCCUCUACUUUAUGACCGCUGUUCCUGGAUACUAUGUUUACGGUGUGGAGACUCUCAGUCCUAUUUACGAAAAUCUUCCUGAAGGUGCCGCUAAGAUCACAGCUAUGGUCGUCAUCACUAUCCACGUUAUUCUCGCCGCUCCCAUCCUGAUUACAUCAUUCGCCCUUGAUAUGGAAUACAUUCUUGGCAUUACUGUGGAGCAACGUGGAAAAACCCUCGAGUUUGUUUUCCGUACCAUCAAUCGUGUUGUUAUUUUGGCCUUUGUCACUGUCGUUGCUUGUGUCGUACCAUACUUCAGUGACAUUAUGUCUUUGGUUGGAUCCUUCAGCAACUGCAUGUGCACAUUCGCUUUCCCUGUCCUUUGCUACUUGAAGCUCACUGGUAUUCGCAAUAAGCCAUUCUAUGAAUUGGCUUGGUGCGCUCUUUGCGUCUUGCUUGGUCUCGUUGGUCUGAUCUUUGGUACCAUUGACUCUGUGAAGGCAUUAAUCGCCGAUUUCACUGGUUAAACUUUUUUAGAGCCCUCCCAUACCUUCCCCACCCUCUUGUACAUUUUUACCCAUUGUAAUUUUGCUGCUGUAUAUUAUCUUUUGUCGUGAAUCUUCAUAAACAAAUCCAUCGGGCACCAACCCCGAUCACUUUGACCUGCAGUUUUGUUUGACUAUAAAACUACAUGUUGACAAUUCUAGGUUUAAGCAAACACUGGUGAUGGUACAAACCAAAGUAACGAUCGACAGUGUAUCCAUCGUGAAAAGCU